AUGUGUGGUCUAGUGCCCUGCGUUUUGGUCGCCUUUCUGGUCAAUGUCAUUAUCGGUCAGGCAGAAUUGGUUGAAACUCCCGACAAUUACGAACCUCAUUAUUGGGAGUAUUACAAGCAUCCUAUCACCCGCUUCCUUUCUCGUAACUUCAUGUGGAAUCCUCAACAAGUCUAUGAAAACCAUCUUGCUCAAAUAAAACGUCAAAUGGAUGCCAAGGAACUCGUACUUGAGGAAAGGUGGUUCCAGGAUUCUGAACUGGCCCACCAAGACUAUCGUGGCUGGCAGUUCAUCCCGGUAAACCCAGCAGGUGUACUUCGCGCCCAUAAAGAAGAGCUUAUCAAUGAAGAGAUGGGUGAUUGGGUCUCGCGAUAA